CCCAGUCCUCCCGCCAGCCGCAGAAUUGAAUGAUCCGACCCCCCCCCCAGAUGCAGAAUGGAGUGAUCCUGACCCCCCCCAUCUCCAGAAUAAGUUCGCCCACCCUGAAGUCGGGGCUAGAACUGACAGUCCCAGUCUUGAAAUUAGUUAACCCCCACUAUAGAAUGGAACGGCCCUAAACUUAUGCUCCCCCGCACGGGAAUGGAAUCACCCAGAGCGCCCGUCCGGCCUGGACUGACCCCUCACACCCCUAGACCGGGGAAUGCGGCGGCCCCCGGCCCCUGGGGCGGGGACGGAAAUGUUCUGUCGUCACUUCCCCUCGAGUCCCGCAGCCAAUGGGGAAGCCGCACUCCGGAGAGGCGGGUUGGCGCCAAAUAGGAAGGGAGCGGGGCGCGCGGGGGCCCAGCAGGGGCCGGCCCGGGCCGCGCGGCUGGGACAGCAUGGCUGCUCUUCCACAGAACAACCUCCAGAAGCAGCUAGAGCUUCAUUCAGCAAAAGGAACUCACAAUAAAUUAGCUCUUCCAAAACACAAACCAGCAGGUUUCACUUUCAAAAAGAAAAGUGCUCUGGGUAAUGCUGUAUCCAUAAACUGCUUCAGUGUAAGAAAGAGCUCUGCAUUGAAGGAGAAGGACGUUAAUACUUCCCAGACUAAAUCUGUUGCAUCUUUUCCCACAUCGAAGGAUAAGCUGAUAAAAAUCAAUGACCUCUUUGAGAAGACAUCCAAACAGCAUGAAAUAGAACAACUUCAUCUAAACUGGGUAUCAUUAAAUUCUUUUGAUUGUUCCCAGCAAGUUUCAAAUGAUUUACCUCCUAGAAAGGAAGAGAAUGUAAGCAAGAAACCAGGUGAUUCUGCUUCCCAGAAAGUAGACUACAAUUGUUCAGAUGAUGCCAUUAUUACUAUAGAAGAUGACUGGGAUGACAUAGAUGACUUUGAUAUAUCUGGAAAACAAAAGAACUCAAAACCAUUGGUUUUAUCUCCCAAAAAUCCAAUUGUAAAACCCAGCAAGACUCUUCAAAUAUCCAAUUCCUGUACAGUUAGAUUAUCUAAUGCAUCCAGGACUGUGAACAGUGAGCAACGACUGUCAAAACAUUGUCCUUCUGAAAAUGAUGAAAAAUCACUGAAUGACAAACAGCCAGCUCUAUCAAACAGAUCUUUGAUUUGUCUUGAUGUUUCAGUUCCCAAUGAUUGUAAAAGACUUUUAGAUGAAGAUCUUCAAGAGAAGAAGUUGUCUACAGAAACUAUUCUGAGUGACAAAAAAGAAGAAACACAUACAGCUCUCAGUAAAAAUCAGUAUAAUGGCAAACAAAAGAUAAAUGAGGGUGAGAAGGAUAGCCAUUCGCCGAAGGAACUGGCUAUAGGAUGGGAUGAGACUCCUGAUUACAAUGGAAUUGAGGAGGAUGAUUACCUAGAUUUCAUUCCACCUUCUCCAGAGGAAGAAGUGCUUUCUUCCUCAUCUUCUAUAAAAAACAUUAGUAAUAUUUUCAAAGAACCUGCUGUAGAUGGAAAACUAAUAGUUGAUAACAGUCUGUCAAAACCUGGAAAAAUCAUCACAAAGCAGCCUACCAGAAGAACCAGUAUAGAGCAUACAGAAAAAACAGACCAAGACGAAAUUAAAGAGCUCUUUCUGACAUCUCAGGAUGUCAUUAAGUUCCACAUUCCACUCAGCUAA